UCAGCUGUUUACCAGAAAGUGUCUUAUAGAGAAAUUCAAUGUUUAAAGGUUAAUUUCCCUUAUAGAGGAAUCAUGUUUAAACGAAUUACGCUAAUGGGAAUCGAAGUAAAAAAAGGAUAAAGGUGUUGAUACUGCACAGAAUAGCUUUCGUUGGAGGAGUAAAUAGUUAUGUAGCUCAUAUUUUUCUUCCUGAGGACCUACUAGAGCAAAGGGUAUCCACAGUGUUGACUGGGUAUCAUCACCUUUGUUGCCGGAAUCUAUCAUAUCAGAAAUAAUCAGAAACGGUUUAUCUUUGGGCUUAGGCUCCAGUUAUAGGUUGUCAGGAGAAGGAGGAAUGUUUUAAUGGUUAAAGUGGAAAUGCGAAUACGGAAGGUAGAGAGGAUCUCUUUAAUCGGCUGUAGUAAUGAACAGUGUUGCCGCCAAGUGGUUGCUGCCGGUUUGACAACCAAUUUCGCUACCGUCAAUGUGGAAGUGGUGGACUGCCCCAACCUCACGGAGGAUCCAUUCCAUCUUGCUGGUCAAGGUCUGAAUGGUAGCCCAACGCUCGUAGAAAUUGGCGGUCCACCGUACCUGCUUCCAACUGUCGACUAUACUAAACUGUACGAUUUGGUGUCGAUCUCACAGCAGGCACUGAAUAACACGAAAAAGGAGUUCCUUGCGAUCGGUGCAGGAGCUGGUCCGUAUCCACUCGUAGAGUCCAACUGCGAGGGGAUGUUCAACCUGAAGGUGCACGCUAACGGGCAUGUGACAAGCGAGAGCCAUCUGGCCCGUGUGAACCCGGAUCGCAGAAAAACGGUGCUGGAGAAAAUUCCAAACAGCGAAACGAGAUGUGCCUUGUUGGCCAACAUCUUCCUCUCGGAAGGUAAACCGGGGAAAGUACUAAAAGUUAGCUGCAAAAAGCGCAUCGGGAAGAAAGAUUUCAUCGCAAGCAUCCGAACGACGUUGGAACAGCAUUACGGAGAACGAACGGUUGGACUGGGUGGGGUGUUCCUUAUGAAGAAGGGUAAGGCAAAACAGCACGUGAUGUCACCAUUCUCGGAAACUCCUAUCCACACGGAAGAGGAACUGAACACAUGGCUCAACUUUUUCGAUAUGUCCGCCACGUUGAUCGCUGUUGGGACCUUGGUAACGAACGAGUGCGACCUGGAUCUGCGGCUGCAACAUUUCCAUAGUUUCUCUAGGCAUGGCGAGGGAGGACACUACCAUAUCGAUACCACACCGGAUGUGGUGGAAUACGAGGGGUACUUCAACGUUGGUGAGAAAAUCGUGAGGGUGGAUAAGCCGAUCAACACGCACAAAUUCGGACGAGAUUGAUAUUUAUCGAUGAUCAGUAAAGUGACGCAAAUAUUUUUAGCAGAAAUUAAAAAAAACUCAUU